CGAAGUGACACAUACUGUCAAAAAUAAAUGUGUAGCUAACUUCACGUUAGCCUACUUCACUUAACCUUUCUUUUCGUUUUCGGUCAUUUUUGCCUUGUCAAACUUCAGUUACUUCAGUCGUUCCGGUCAACAAAAAUGUCAGAAAAAUAAGUUUUUUUUACAACUUUUCUUGUUAUUUAUCUCCAUUAGAAAUUAGAUAGUUACCGUACAAUUUAUACUCAUUUCAUAGAAGUAAUUUCAACUACUUUUCUUCCCAGUGUUUUAGGUUAUGUUAAUGUCAUAAACGUGAUCUUUUAGGAAUAUAUCUAAUAAAAUGUAUGGAUUACAACGAUAUUCGUUUGGUUAUACCCUCAAAAAUGCGGUGCGUUAUUACUCGAGAGAACCAGCCAAGAGAUCGUCGUUUCUCAGCCGAUUGUACGACAAUUUCAAGGACGAAAUGAACAAAAACAAAGAAAUGAAAGAGUCGCUGAAGAAAUUCCGCGAAGAAGCGCAAAAAUUGGAGCAAAGCGACGCUUUGAAAGCUGCCCGGCAGAAGUUCGAAACCGUAGAGAAAGAGGCCAGUAAAGGCGGCGAAGUGUUCAAAGAGAGUUUAGGUUCUAUCAAAGAUCGAGUCAAAGGCGUCAUAGACGAGGCCAGUAAAUCGGAUUUAGCCAAGAAGGCCGGUAAGUUUACCGAAGAAGUAGGAAAAACUACCCACAAAAUCAGCGAAACCGCACAAGAAAUCAGCAAAACCGGAGCGUUUCAAAGCAUAUCGGAAGCCACCAAAGCCGUCAAACAAGAAAUCGACAACACCAGCAUGGAAGGUCGAGUGUAUGUCAGUCCUAAAAAGCUCCGAAAACGAACCGAAACCAGCGCCGUAGUCCAACAGAAAUACUACGAACCCAACACGGACGCCACAGGCGUGGAACUCCACAAAGACUCCAAAUUCUACGAAUCCUGGCAGAACUUCAAAAACAACAACCCGUACGUGCACAAAGUCAUGGACUGGAAACUCAAAUUCGACGAAAGCGAGAACCCCAUCAUCCGAGCCUCCAGGGCGCUCACGGAAAAAGUCGGAGACAUCAUGGGCGGCUUAUUCCAAAAAACCGAACUCUCCGAAACCCUAACGGAAAUCUGUAAAAUCGACCCGGACUUCGAUACGAAACGCUUCCUAAAACAAUGCGAAACCGACAUCAUCCCUAACGUACUCGAAGCUAUGACACGAGGAGACCUCGAGGUUCUGAAAGACUGGUGUCACGAAGGACCCUUCAAUCUAUUCGCCAUACCCAUCAAGGAAGCCUACAAGAAAGGCUAUAAAAUCGAGUCGAAAAUCCUGGAUGUAGACCACGUGGAUUUGAUGAUGGGCAAAGUGAUGGAUCAAGGGCCUGUGUUGAUUAUUUCUUUUACAUCGCAACAGGUGAUGGCCGUGCGGGACGCGUCGGGGGCGGUCGUGGAAGGCGACCCGGACAAAGUUAUGAGGGUGAAUUACGUGUGGGUGUUGUGCAGGGACGUGGUGGAGCCGGAUCCGAGGGCGGCUUGGAGACUGCUCGAUCUGUCGGCGAGCAGCAACGAGCAAUUAGUAUAAUCUCGACGGGAUCUUUUGUGUAAUUAGGAAAAAGUGAUGUUGUUGUUCGAUCUCCUUUGUGUUAUUGGUUUGAAAGGACGAUCGAAAAACGGAUGCCUGACGGGGACGAGUGGGUAUUUAUUUUGAUGGGUUUUAGAAAAAUUUACGCAUCGAUAACUGCCUUCGAGGGUCACUUCAAAAAAAAAGAUGGAUCUGUAUUAUUCUGUUUAAGAUCCCUAUUUUUUUUCACAAUGUACAAAUUUUUUUAAUAUUAAACUGUAAAUAAUUUAACAAAUUUUGCAAUAAAAUUGUUGAUUUUUCAUCGUCUUUUAUAGUCGAAUAAAUCGAAGCUAUCCACAAUGGACAUGAAAUCCACUUAUCACUAGAUUCAUUUCUUUAAUAACC